CAUGUUAUUUAUAUACUCAUCUUUUACAAUUCCAUCCAUGUUUCCCAGUCUGUUCUAGCGUCCUGAAAAAAGACAGACAGUGAAAAGAUGGCACCUUCUCUUCAUUCAAGGCCGUUCCUUCUGCUAUUCGUGCUUUUAAGUCUGUCCAUUCUUUGCAUGAGGAGCUUGGAUGCAAGUGAGCCUUAUUUGACAUUAGAUUACUAUGCAUCCUCAUGUCCAUCUGUGCUCGAGAUCGUGAGGAAAGAAAUGGAAUGUGCAGUGCUCUCUGAUCCUCGUAAUGCAGCCUUCAUAUUGCGGUUGCAUUUCCAUGACUGCUUCGUUCAGGGAUGUGAUGGAUCGGUUUUGCUGGACGACACAAUUACACUGCAAGGAGAGAAGAAGGCUUCAAUUAACAUCAAUUCCCUCGAUGGUUUCAGACUGAUUGAUAGGAUCAAAAACAAGCUUGAAUCAGAGUGCCCAGGGAUUGUAUCCUGUGCAGAUAUUCUAACUGUUGCAGCAAGAGAUGCUGUUAUUCUGGUUGGUGGACCCUACUGGGAUGUUCCUCUGGGAAGAAAAGAUUCUACAACUGCAAACUAUGAUCUUGCUACAGCCAAUCUUCCUGCUGCAAAUGAAGACCUUUUAAGCAUCAUUUCUAAAUUUCUUUAUCAAGGCCUCUCAGUCACAGAUGUGGUAGCUCUCUCAGGGGCUCACACUAUUGGCAUGGCACGGUGUGAGAAUUUCCGAGCAAGGAUCUAUGGAGACUUCCAAGGAACUUCAGGGUAUAAUCCAGUUUCCAACACUUACCUCAGUAACUUGAAAUCCAUAUGCCCAGCCACUGGUGGAGGAGAAGAUAACACAGCUGGAAUGGACUAUGUCACUCCCAACUACUUCGACAAUUCCUUUUAUCAUCUUCUUCUGAAAGGGGAGGGACUGCUGAACUCAGACCAGGAGCUGUACUCUAGCCUGUUUGGUAUCCAAACAAAGGGGCUUGUGAAGAAGUACGCAGAGGAUUCACUUGCUUUCUUCCAGCAGUUCUCGGAUUCCAUGGUGAAACUGGGAAACAUCACAAAUGCUGACAGCUUCAGUACUGGGGAGGUUAGGAAGAACUGCAGAUUUGUGAAUACAUGAGCUUUAGCUACCACAAACUUGUAUUUGUUUGCUAUAGCCUAUACCAAGAAGUGAAAAUCACAUUUGUUGUUGUAUCAAGAAGUGAAAAUCACAUCACAGAUUUGAUAUGUAGAAGCUACUGAAAUUGAUUUCCCUUUGAUUCAUUUUAGAUCAA